AUGGGAAAUUUUUUCAGCUCCAUGUUUGAUCGAUUGUGGGGUGUCAACAAGGAAUUGAGAAUAUUGAUUUUGGGCCUGGACGGUGCCGGUAAGACGACGAUAUUGUAUAGACUGCAAAUUGGUGAAGUGGUGACAACUAAACCCACAAUCGGAUUUAACGUUGAGACAUUGAGCUAUAAGAACUUGAAAUUGAACGUGUGGGAUCUAGGUGGUCAGACAAGUAUCCGACCUUACUGGCGCUGCUACUAUACUGAUACGGCAGCGGUAAUAUUCGUGGUAGAUUCGACCGAUAAGGAUCGUAUGGCUACAGCUUCAAAGGAAUUGCAUGUUAUGCUGCAGGAGGAGGAGCUGCAAGACGCGGCCUUGCUGGUUUUUGCCAACAAGCAGGAUCAGCCAGGUGCUCUGAGUGCGACAGAGGUAUCUAAGGAGCUGAAUCUGGUUGAAUUGAAGGACAGAAGCUGGUCCAUUGUGGCUUCAAGUGCUAUUAGAGGUGAGGGUAUCACCGAAGGAUUGGACUGGCUAAUCGACGUGAUAAAGGAGGAACAGCUCGCUGCCUAA